AUGGCUGACAAGCCAGACACGGGAGAAAUUGCCAGCUUCAAUAAAGCCAAGCUGAAGACAACGAAGACGCAGAAGGACACCCUGCUGACCAAGGAGACCACUGAGCAGGAGAAGCGGAGUGGAAGCUCCUGA